AUGGGUUGUGUUCAAACGAAACGAGAGAUAAUUAACGGCCAUUCAGAAAUGAUCAAAUCGGUUGCAGACAAGACUGGCUUCUCUCCCAAAGUCGUCGAGAAUCUCUACUUGCAAUUCAAGAACCUGGACAAAUCCAAUAACGGCUUCCUGGGCGCGGACGAUCUCUUUGACAUUCCGGCAUUAGCUGUGAACCCACUAUUCGAGUCUCUUAUUGUGGCUUUGCAUAGAGAAGCCACAGAGGUGGAUAUCGAAAAUCAGAUGGGUUCCGUUGACCCCAACUUACCUGUGGAUUUCCAACAUGUCCAGAUCUCGUUUCUUUCCUUCGUCAAAGCCUUGUCUAGAUUUGGCCCUCUUCAAUCUAAUGCUGGGCUGAAUCCAAGAUAUUGCAGCAUCGAGGGAAAACUUCAAUUUCUCUUCCGGAUGUUUGAUCUGUCUGGAACGUCAAGAGUUCAGAUGAAAGACAUCAUUGGCUUACUUAGGACGCUUGUGCCCGAAGUUCAAGAUGAUGCAUUGGAGGAAUUCGCCGAAAGCGUCUUCCUAGAAAUUUCGACCAAUCGAGAUUAUGUCACGAUCGAAGAUUUCGAGCAGAGCCCGAUACUUCGUGAGAUUGCCAAAGACAUGUAUUUCAGAAUCUUUUGAACCAGAAUGUAUUUCGGGUUUGAGCUAGCUUUGAUUAAAUUCAUGAUAGGAGUGGAA